AUGUCGGCUGUCCUCUCGUUGCUCCUUUGUGGAUGCAGAGAAGGAGACCUGUGCAAAGCCGACUGCAAGUCCGGAGGCGCGCCUGAGAAGAUCCAGGUCGCCAGCGCGACCAAGUCAACCCGAUCUGCAAGCACUGUGCCGUCAGACCGUACUACAUCCGGCACAUCUCAGGUAGCUGAGCUCGAUGAGAUCGACCAGCGAGUGUCAGACCUCAUCCACAAGCUCCGCAAGGACGAGGCCGCGCCGCUGGUCGUGCGCCAUGUCAAAGACAACAUGUACAAGGUGGAUGGUCGCCGGGUGAGGUUGUCUCUGUCGAACGGCUCGGACGCCUGCAUAAUGGUUCAAGAGGACUCUGAUGCAAAGCUCCCGCUUGUACCUCUGGAGACUUACCUCCAGCAGGCAGCUUUCGUGUCGCGUGCAUUGCACGGGCUGUCCGCGGGCUCGCCGGCUGUCGCGCAGGUGCCGGCCGACAAGCGCCUGACGUUUGCAGCAACGGCUUGUGGCGACGGGGAAUCGCUCCGCAGGGUGAAGGCCAUGCGCCUUGCCUGCGAGCAGGCGCGACUCCGAGAAGAGGCUGCCGAGGCUUAUGCACGCGAAGCCAGUGCGGAGGGAUGGAGACCCAGGUCCGGCAUAGAGGACACGGCUGCUGUGGCCUCUACUUCUCUCCAGCAACCUCCAGGUGUGCCCACAGCCCCGGCAGAGCCUGUCGAGGUCCAGAGGCCUCGUGAUGCUCAGCAGGUCUCGCAGAUCUCGCCUGGAGCGGGUGCGGCUGGCUAG